GAGAGUGUAGAGAGAGAAAGCAAAGAAAAAGAGAAAAUAAAAAAGAAAAGAAAAGUAACAUACAUUUGUGAAAUGAUUAAAGCAAAAACUAUCUUGUCAUUGUUGCUUGGUUUCUUAAGGCCUAAUAGAGCAAUAUUUCGAAAUUAACUUGCAAAAAAAAAAAAAAAAUCCCAAUAGGAAGAGCAAGGUUAAUCGCAGAGACCCAGAAGGAGAAAAAGGGAUAUUUUUAUAUAUAUACAAGAGAGAGAAAGAGAUAUAUAUAGAGAGAGAAAGUGAGAGCGAAAUGCUGGUACACAUUUGAAACGCGAAUCGGAUAAUCCGAUUAAGCAAUCGAAGAUCUCGGAGAUUUAGCUCUCAGUAUUGCAAGGAUCUGGGGGCGUCCGAAAUUACAAUUGGGUAAUGAAGAGCGCAUAUAAGAUAUAGAACUGCAGUUAAAAGUGAAGGGAAACGAGAAAAUGAAAUCGGAUACGCUUCUUGAUUAUGCUGUAUUCCAGUUGUCACCAAAGCGAUCGCGAUGUGAAUUGUUGGUCUCUAGUGGUGGAUACACCGAGAAACUUGCAUCUGGAUCAGUUAAGCCCUUUCUGACUCAUUUAAAGGUUGCGGAAGAGCAGGUUGCGCUCGCUGUUCAGUCAAUUAAACUCGAAAGUGAGAAGUCUAAAAAUGCCGAGACUUGGUUCACAAAAGGAACACUUGAAAGAUUUGUGCGCUUUGUUAGUACACCAGAGGUCUUGGAACUGGUGAAUACAUUUGAUGCAGAAUUGUCUCAAUUGGAAGCAGCUCGGAAAAUAUAUUCUCAGGGAAUGGGCGAAAAACCGCCUGGAGCAUUGGGGGGGAACGGAGCUGGAAUCACAGCAGCAGCAGAUGCGACAAAAAAGGAGCUUUUGAGAGCUAUUGAUGUACGGCUUACUGCAGUUAGGCAGGACUUAACCACAGCUUAUGCUCGUGCAUCUGCUGCUGGCUUCAAUCCCGAUACCAUCUCUGAUCUCCAAGUCUUCGCGGACCGAUUUGGCGCCCAUCGCUUGAACGAAGUUUGCGCCAAAUUUACAUCACUUUGUCAAAGAAGACCGGACCUGAUCAACCAAUGGAAGCCAAGUGUCGAUGAUGGUGCUGUGAGAUCAUCUUAUGGAUCUGACAUGUCCAUCGAUGACCCCACAGAGGACCCUUCUGGACCCCACCACAGGCCCCAAAACAAGCGUGAGCAACAGCCUGAACAAUCAAGACUCUCCACUUGUCAGCAGCCCAACUCCCUCAUCCCCACCUCCUUUCCUACACUUCGAAACGUGAACGGAAAAAACGAUGCUGAGGAAGAGUCCCCCAACGAGGCAUCAGAGAAGGAGAAGAAGGAGGAGUCUCAGACUGAGUCCCGUUCUUCUUCAACUCUGGCGGGUCCACCCGCCAGGCGACUGAGUGUCCAGGACCGCAUCAACCUUUUCGAGAAUAAGCAGAAGGAGCAAUCUAGCGCGGGCAGUGGUGGCAAACCCGUUGUUGGAAAGUCUGUGGAGCUCAGGAGGCUCUCCUCGGACGUGUCAUCGGCAGCUGUCGGGGUCGAGAAGGCUGUUCUGCGAAGAUGGAGCGGCGUGAGCGACAUGAGCAUUGAUUUGAGCGCUGAGAAGGAUACAGAGAGCCCCUUGUGUACGCCCUCUUCUGUUUCCUCUGUUUCUCAUGCCAAGUCUAAUAACGUAACAGGGGGUGGCUCUGAGGGUAAGGAUCAUAAGGGAUUAAAUGAUUCAAACUUUUCAUCAAAAGCUGAGACGAGGAGUGGUUCUCUACGGGUCGCUGGUGACAGCUUGAAAGACCAAGCUGAGGGGAAGACCCAAGUUGUGAUUUCUUCUAGCAAAGACGAGGAGUCAGCAUCAAAGUUGCGGGACAAUUGGAAGGAGCAGGCUGCUUCACAGACCCAAUUUAAGUUUUCCACUUCAAGAACAGCAGAACAGGUUAGCCCAAAUGAUCAAAAGGUUUCUCAAGAGGAGAAAAACUCUUUGAACAGCGAAGACAGAAGGGGUUGGUUUAAAGAUCAGGCAAGUUCUGCAAUGCAAUCAAGAGGUUCAGAAGCUAAAUCUCAAGUGACGAAAACCGGAAAUUUUGCAAGCAAGGCUGGGGAUGUUUCAUCAGACGGUGGAUUUGCAUAUAAAGUGGAGGAUCAUGAACAGGUUGAUCAGCCAGUAAGUCAGUCACGUUCUAGGACUUUCCAGAGUCAUUCCCGAUCUUCAUCAGGGCAGUUUGAAUUUGGUGGGGGAUUUAAACUGAAGGAAGCCUCCUCUGCUCAGCCCAAAUGGGUUGAUGAUCAGCUGCCUCCUCAUCCUCAAUGGAAGUCCUUUACGGAAGGACUUGUCGGGGGUGACGUUGACUUAGCAUCAUCAGGUAAGCAACAAGCAAGAGCAGAAGAUUCCGGAUUCCAGAAAAUGAAAUUCCAGAAACCUGGUUCUUCCAGUCGGGAGCAGAUUAAGAAUUCACAGGUCAGGAGGGAUGAAAGCAAUGUGGCAAACCAAGAUAGCAAGCUCGAUUUUAAUGUUAAAAAGGUUUCAGCAAAUCAAGAGAGCUUAGCUACAAUGUCAAAGCCGCCGGUUGAGCAGGUUCAGAGAACAAGGCAAACAAAGGGAAACCAGGAGCUCAAUGAUGAGCUCAAGAUGAAGGCAAAUGAGCUUGAAAAGCUUUUUGCGGAGCAUAAGCUUCGGGUUCCGGGAGAUCAGUCUAGUUCGGCUCGGAGAAAUAAACUGGCAGACAUGCAGAUCGAAUCAGGAGCAAGUACACAGUACAAAAAACCAGCACCGGAGGAGAUUGUUCCUUCACAAUUACCUGAAAAAAGCAUGGUGAUUGAAUCAUUCAGUGGGUAUAGUAAUACGACAGACUUCAGUACUCCUCCGCCGAAAAAGAUAGCAGGUAACCAGGCUUCUGCUGAUCUGAGGCAGAAUUUCUCGGAGCUUGGUUUUUCAGAUGAUUCCAGGGGAAAAUUUUAUGAGAGAUACAUGCAGAAAAGGGAUUCUAAACUAAGGGAAGAAUGGGGUUCUAAAAGGGCAGAGAAGGAAGCCAAGUUAAAGGCAAUGCAGGAAAGCCUCGAGCGAAGUAGAGCUGAGUUGAAGGCCAAGUUUUCAGGGUUAGCAGACAGACAGGAUUCGGCAUCUAACGCUCAUUGGCGUGCAGAGAAACUCAGAUCUUUUAAUUUGCGUUCUAGUAUAAAGAGGCAGCAGUCAAUUGAUUCAAUUGCAAGCGAAGAGGAUGAAGAUCUUUCUGAAUUUCCGGGACAGAAGUUCUAUGGACAGGAUAGAUUUCUUAGUGAGGCAUCUUCGGGAGAUGGAUCUGCCCGACCGACUCAAAACAAGAAACUUUUGCCCAACAGAAAUUUGUCUUCAUCCACCCCUCGAACCACAGGGGUGCCAGCUCCAAGGUCAUCAUACAAACUCUUGAACUCCAGUUCAGGGAAGCGAAGAACACAAUCAGAAAAUCCUCUGACACAGUCAGUUCCAAACUUCUCUGAUUUCAGAAAAGAAAACACAAAGCCCAUGUCUGGAGUCAGCAAAACAGCAUCGCGCUCACAGGUACGAAGCUAUGCCCGCAGCAAGAGUAGCAAUGAAGAUACACCAAACGUCAAGGAAGAGAAGCCACGACGGUCUCAUUCCUUGAGGAAAAACUCGGCUAACCCUGUUGAGUUGACGGAUUUGUCUACUUUGAAAUCCGAAGGCAUUAUUUUGGCACCACUGAAAUAUGAUACAGAACAAACCGAUCAUAGUCUAUAUGAAAAGUUCCCUAAAAGCAUGGAGACAAAGUCUUUCCUCAGGAAGGGUAAUGGCAUAGGUCCGGGUUCUGGAGCUAGUAUUGCCAAGUUGAAAGCUUCUGUGGCAUUAGAGACUUUGCAAAAUGAAGAAUUUGAUGAAUCGGGCUUUGAGGAAGAUGAUUUUGUGGAUAUGUGUAAAGAGGAAGAAGAAGAGGAAGAACUAGAAACCAUGGCAGUUGAAGAUUGUGCUAACAUGGAUAAUGGAAAAUCAAGGCCCAGUAACGAGUCUGAUAAAUCUGGUAACUCUGGGUCUGACAAUGGCGAUUCCAGAAGAUUCCUUUCUCAAGUAGAUCCCGCUUCUGUUGCUGAAUUACCCGCAGCCAUGCCUUCAUCAUUUCAUGCCAUAGAGGCUCUCCAAGACUCACUGGGAGAAAGCCCUGUGUUGUGGAAUUCUCGCAAUCAUCAUCCGUUUUCUUAUCCACAUGAAACCUCAGAUAUCGAUGCUUCUGUGGACUCUCCAAUCGGGAGCCCUGCUUCUUGGAAUUCGCAUGGUCUUGCCCAAACAGAGGCAGAUGCAGCUAGAAUGAGGAAGAAAUGGGGAAGCGCACAGAAGCCUGUUCUUGCUUCUAAUUCAUCCCAUAAUCAGUCCCGCAAGGACAUGACUAAAGGAUUUAAACGUUUAUUAAAGUUUGGAAGAAAGAAUCGUGGGACGGAGAGUUUGGUUGACUGGAUCUCUGCUACAACUUCUGAAGGAGACGAUGAUACAGAAGACGGGCGAGAUACUGCCAAUCGCUCAUCAGAAGACUUAAGGAAAUCGAGAAUGGCAUUCUUUCAGGGGCCAUCUGAUGACAGCUUCAACGUAAGCGAGUUUAAUGAACAUGUUCAAUCGUUGCAAAGCUCUAUCCCAUCACCUCCAGUAAAUUUUAGACUAAGGGAUGAUCAUAUGUCGGGAAGCUCAUUAAAAGCUCAAUCAAACGUUUCAGCUCCACGGUCAUUCUUUUCGCUCUCCUCAUUCAGAAGCAAGGGAGGUGACUCAAAGCUCAGAUAAUUACCAUAAAAAAGUAGCAAGUGCUUGGGAUCAUCUUCAACGUCGGAUGUAAAGGAUGAUAUAUGUAUCAAACGCAUGAGGUAGGCAUGACACGGGCCAUCGGUACAAGAUCUUCGAUGGGAUUAAUGUAUAUCUUGUUGGAUUCACGAUGCCUUCCUUACCAUUUAGUUAGUCAUAUCUAAUAGUUGGUGUUGAAAUAUGGUGUAUAUUUUUCUCAACAAUGAGUCGCUUAUUGGCGUAAUGUAAUUGUGAUUUUUGGUAGUUCAGAGGCAUUCUUUUCUUCUUCCCUCUAGUCCUGUGUGGUGUAUAUCCGACUCUUAUUAUUUAAAAUUAGCAUUGUUGACACUUUAAGAAUGAGUGAUGUUCUUGUCAGGAAUAACAGAUUGUAAAAUUUGAACUACCCUUUUAUCUCAUCAUUUUGUCUUUCUAUUG